UUCCGUAGGUUCUAAACGGAGCCUAAGUUUAACCCGCAGAUAAUUAUCCGGGUUGGACCGAGAGGGACGCUGCUGUGGAUCUAUCUGGAUGUGGAUAUGGUGGUUAUAGUGUCUGCGGCAGCUACUACCAUUGCACCCGAGUCCAAUCUCUGGACAAUGGCCACCCUUUCUUUUACACCACCGCCGUCUUCUUCUCUUUCCUCCCUUUCGUCCUCUUUGCCGCCUUCUUCUCACCGCCCAAUCCUCUCCUGCUUCCUCUCCCCCUCUCACUCCUUAUCCAAAUCUCACUCCUCCAGACCAUUUUCUUCUUCUUCUUCUCUCAUUUGGUAUACUCUCCCAAACAAGUCCAGGUCCACUUCUUUCUCAACUCUUGCACUUGUCGAUCAGCAAGAACCACUUGUCGAUGAACAAGAACCAUUUGCAGCGGCAGACCCAAUUGGAGAUGACGACAGCCGCGACGAUGGUUCGGUUCCCGAUAAUAAUACUCUGUUGAAACCAUGUGAACUAGAUGUGUGCAAUCUUCCCAGAAGCUUUGGGACGGCAGAGCUUGAAGAUUUGUUCAAGCCCCAUGGAACCGUUCAGUCAGUUGAGAUUUCACGAAAUGCAGAGACGGGUAUCAGCCGAGGAUGUGGGACUGUGACAAUGAGCUCAAUAGGCGAAGCCAAAGAUGCAAUUGCUGCUCUAGAUGGUUCUGAUGUCGGUGAGCGUGAAAUGCGAGUAAAGUUUAAGGCCAUGAAGCCAUUCUAUCAAAAGAACAGUCAAAUAUAUGAAGCCCCCUACAGAAUCUAUGUUGGCAACCUUGCAUGGCGCGCAAAACCUGAAGAUUUGAAGAGCCAUUUUAGCAAAUUUGGGACAGUAAAUAGUGCGAAAGUAUUAUAUGAUCGUAAAGAUGGAAAGAACCGGUGUUAUGGAUUUCUUUCCUUCUCCUCACCAGCCGAAAGUAAGGCUGCAGCAUCUUUGAGUGGAACAGAGUUUUUGGGUAGGACAAUGCUAAUUAGAGAAGUUGUCUAUCCAAAAAAAAAAAUGCUAAUUAGAGAAGUUGAGCAGAAGAUUGAGCCUUGAAUUGUGUUUUCCAUUGCUCAGUAUCAUCUGUAUGGAGUUUCUUGCAAUGAUAAAAAGUUAGCUUCUUGUGGCAUGCUUAUUUUGCUGAAGGGUGAAAAGGUAGAUGACAAGGUAUAUCAUUGGCACGUCUCAUAUUUUUCGUUUCAUGUUUUCAAGUGUCAUUUUCGGGAACUUGUCAGAUCUAUAUUAGUAUUUGUCAACUUCCCAUCCUGAGUAUCAGAUUAGAGGCUAUUCUAGGUACAAGUUUAUAUUAUCUAGAUAUUCAAAUGUAUUAUUUCCGAUCAUCAUACAUGAUGUUAGUGCUAUAGUAUAUCAUAUGCCAUGGUGAAAUUAUCAGUUUCUUUGUUGGGGCA